GAGCCGCAAAGUUUGGCUGUGGCGGCAAAUGGGCUUGGGCGGCUCCUCGGCGGGUGGCGGUGGUGGCCGUAGCGGUUCCAUCUGGCCCUGUUAAUGUCGGGGCCAGGUCCGGGGAGGAUGGCGCCCUAGAGCCCGGCCUCUCUGGGGUAGGGGCGGGAGGGGACGGGGUGGGCACCGGCCAUGUCGGAGGUGACCCGGAGUCUGCUGCAGCGCUGGGGCGCCAGUUUGAGGAGAGGCGCCGACUUCGACUCUUGGGGCCAGCUGGUGGAGGCGAUAGACGAGUAUCAGAUAUUAGCAAGACAUCUACAAAAAGAGGCCCAAGCUCAACACAAUAAUUCUGAAUUCACAGAAGAACAAAAGAAAACUAUAGGCAAAAUCGCAACAUGCUUGGAAUUACGAAGUGCAGCUUUACAGUCCACACAGUCUCAAGAAGAAUUUAAACUGGAGGACCUGAAGAAGCUAGAACCAAUCCUCAAGAAUAUUCUUACCUAUAAUAAAGAAUUCCCAUUUGAUGUUCAGCCUGUCCCCUUAAGGAGAAUCUUAGCCCCUGGCGAGGAAGAGAACCUGGAAUUCGAAGAUGAAGAAGAAGAGGGCGGCGCGGGAGCAGGGUCUCCCGACUCCUUUCCUGCUCGAGUGCCCGGUACUUUGUUGCCCAGGCUGCCGUCAGAACCGGGAAUGACGUUACUCACGAUCAGAAUCGAGAAGAUCGGCCUGAAGGACGCGGGGCAGUGCAUCGAUCCCUAUAUGACCGUCAGUGUAAAGGAUCUGAACGGCAUUGACUUAACUCCCGUGCAAGACACGCCUGUGGCUUCGAGGAAGGAAGAUACGUAUGUUCAUUUUAACGUGGACAUUGAGCUCCAGAAGCAUGUUGAAAAAUUAACCAAAGGUGCAGCUAUCUUCUUUGAAUUCAAACACUACAAGCCUAAGAAAAGGUUCACCAGCACCAAGUGCUUUGCCUUCAUGGAGAUGGACGAGAUCGCGGCGGGGCCGAUCGUCAUAGAGCUAUACAAGAAACCCACUGACUUUAAAAGAAAGAAAUUGCAGUUACUGACCAAGAAACCACUUUAUCUUCACCUACAUCAGACUUUGCACAAGGAGUGAUCCUGACUUGGGUAACCUGGACCGCCUGUGAGCCCUGCCCCUCAGUAGAGACCAUCCCAGCGCCGUGUGGCACGGCCGCCUCCGCCAGGCAGGAAGCAGGCCGCGGCCACGCCACCAGGCCAGAGUGAGUCUGCACAAUUCCCGGCCCGGCGCGCCGCUGACGCAGACAACUCCUUUGGAUCCAGGCUUCCUGUUGGUUUUGAAACAUGUUUUUAUUUUUCUAGUGUUUCUGCCAUUCGUAGUCCCUUUUCUACCUUACCACUGUUCCUGCCCUGCUUCCUGGACCAGCACUGCUGCGGUAGGAUGCGCUCAUCGUCAGAGUUAAUACAGCAAUAAGAUUGUGUAGCGUUUACACGUCCGUUCCCUUCUGCUCCAGGAGGCUCUUUUGGGUUUUUUUGAGUUAACGCCAGACAUUGGGCUGAUGUGGGUGGGAAAGUGUGAAACUGUUCUGAGAGGGAUUGGACCGGUUUUGCCGCCCGGGGAGGUCGGUCUGGAAACGUGCAGGCGGCUCCUCAGACGCGGCCUGACUUCACCCUGACCCCUAGUCCUGUUCGGAAAUCGUGUGCCUUGGCCGGAUCAGUCUCCCCCGCGGGGUGUUCCCACAUCGUAGCUGGAGCGGUCCAGAUGGCGGGAUUGUUACCGGAUUGUUUUGGGAGAGUGCGCGCGUCCGUGGUCCUGUCGGUUAGCGGUUCUUCGUCAUGCGCACCGUUACCCGUCGGAGAGGGACUCCGGGGUUGACGGUGGGACCGUCUCCGAGUCACUGCAGGUGUCUGGAUGGCUUUCUGACGUCUCCCGAGUCCGAUGCUAACGAGAGACUGCAGGAACAACUGCUGUUUUCUGACAACUGAUUGUGACACCGUGAAGCCUGGAGCUCCCCUGCGGUCUCCUUCAUGUAGGUAGAUAGGAUUGCCAGUUAUUUCCUAGAUAGACGGACUUUCACCCAUAUGGAAAUAUGCAGGUCAUAAGCUUAUUAUAGUUUGACUAUGUACGUUACUUUUGACUUAAUGGGGCAUAAAUAAAACUUCCAGACGACACCCGAGGUAGAUAUUUGAUACACAGAACAGUAAGGUCUGGGGCGGGCUUCCUGUGGGUUAGAUGGAGAACCCACAUAUUUAAUAGUCACUAUUCGUAAAUGCCCAGUGCUAGCCUGAGGGGAAUGCAGCGCCCGUCCUCGGCCUGUUUUCUAAACUAGGGGAAUAGCCCUAGGCUUACCUUCGGUGUUUGCUUUUGAAAAUGAGUAGCCACAGUUGUUCUAGCCCUCGCACUUCAAGAAAGCUGGUCUUUGCCUUCAGUUGUCUUGUCAGUUCUGUCUUAAGAGGGAGGUUACAAACUUCGAGCCUGGAGGAUUCUCAGCCAAAUUAGUCUUCGUUCUUGCCUUGAUUAGAUUAAUCCCAAAAUGAUUCAGUCCACGAUAGCUCAAGGGGAAGAAUUUGCCUUAACAAGUUACCUUGCUGUUCCCUCAACCCCCGGGCCGUCCCCUCCCCGAGGAGCAAGCUGCACCGUUUCUCCAAGUCGUGUAAACGUGCCGGGGUGCCUGGCGGCGCGCUGCAGCCGGGAGAGCGCUCAGCCCCUUCUGUCCGAGGCUGCUGCCGAGACCGGACAAAUAACCCCUUAAGUACCUACUAUUAAAAUGUAGCAAACCUGGCAGAGUGGUCUUUCUCUUUUCUCCUGGACCCUAAGACGUGUGUCAGUGAUGAUUUAUACGCAGAGGCCUCUGUCAUUCACACAAGUGUGGUUUGUAUGAACUACAAUCACAGUCGCCUUUGACACCAGUAUUAAGGAAGGUUCGUGGACGCUCUGAUUAGCUGAGCUCUAACUGAGACCCGAACGGAAUGAUGGAACAAGCGAUGAUCUUGAAGCAGGAGACACUGAACAGACAGUGCUUCCCACAAAUUCCUUCUCACUUUCCAAUGAGAAAACUCAGCUACUGGACAGUAACUGUAAGUGUAGUUGAAAUGCUUUUAGGCCAAAGCACUGCUGCCUCAGAAGUGAGGUGCUUUUUUAGCCACUCAGUCCAGAUGCACACUUGGCUGGCGGUGGCUUCUGGAACAGCUGGAACCUCGAGGCCGGGCCAAGCCGGGGCCGCGGCUCCGGCAGGUUCCCAGGGGCCCAGGUGAGCCGUCCUGGAAUUGCUCUGGUUUACGGACUUUGUAGAAAUAGGAGAUACGUAACAGAUACUGAACAAAGUUAUAGAGGCAAAGAAGACUAGCCCUGAUUUUAAAACAGAUCUAAUUUACCUUUCCUUUUGCUUCUCUCUCCUAGCAGGUAUGACCUAUAUCCUAAUAGUACAAUCAGAAAUCCUAUGAACCGUG